UAUGGCGUCCAACAUAGUGAAGAAACACCGGAUCAAACCAUAUCACGCCCCCUCCCCAUCCGCCGCCAUCUUGGAUUAACGUCAGAAACAUGCACUCCGUCGCACGCCGUCCACUGUCUCAAUCCAUACAGCCCAACGCGAAAACCAUAAACAACAAAAAAAAAGAAAAAAACAUCGAGCUUACAGAAUACCAUGUGUUCUAUAUUUCAAAUUUGAAACGGGGACUAUUCUGAACACCCGCGCGCGGGGUUUUAAUUUUUUCUUUUUAGAAAAAAAACAAUUGCAGCUUUAAAAAGUUUUUCGACGAAAACCUCUUUUUAAGAUACAAGUAAUUAUAAAAAAUAUAGUUGCCUUCUAUUUGUAGUCGUAGUAUACCGUGAUUGGUCCAAUUCUUGUAAUUUGUUAAGAAUCUUUCCCUUUCAUUUUUUUUAAAUUGAUGUUAAGAAUCUAUACGAUAUACUUAGAAGAAAUAUUUGGCGUAAGAAUAGAAGAGCAAAAACAGAAAAAAUGGAGCGAUCUGAACCUGAAAAACCGACUUCUGAGGAAGGAAGCCAACUCAAUAGAAAUAGAAGUUUCAAAACAAAGCAACUCGUGCGCAGCCAAGCGAUCCGCGAGUCCGCCUCCCCGCCGCGCACCAUAUCACCCGCGUGCCCCGUCGAAAUAACGAAUAACGUUACUGGUACCGAUACCGUUACUAAUAACGUUAUUAAUAACGGUGCGGAGCGCGCGAAGGACGACUGCAGCGUGGCGAGCUGCGACGGUGAUGAGCUGAAGAAACAACCGGUGGAAAUACAGAUCACCAGCGGCCACUGGGACGAAGCGAGCCCCGCUAGGCGACGCACAGGAGGGGGCGGGGAGCCAGCACGUGACCUGUUGUCGCACAACCCGCGCGUGCACUGCGUUUGCGGCGCCUGCGCACAGUGCCCGCACUGCAGAGGGCGACGGCGGAGGCCGGCGUGCAUCAAGCAGGAUUCCGGCAUCGCGUGCUCAGACGACUGUCCCGACUGCUGCGACAACGACCACGGUGGCCAGGACGGUUUAAGAAAAUCAGAAAGUGUGGAGAUUGAAGAACAAAUUUAUUACUGCAGAUGUCCCGAACGCAAAGAGAAACCAAAGUAUAUAUCAUUAAGUAGAACAGAUUCAGACGAUAAAGCGGAGCCCUCCGGUCCAGAACUCAUCUGCUUCCUCAAAGAGACCCUCAACAAGAACGGGAGGGACCGAGUCACUCUGCUGCGGAUUGAGAAAGAACUGCACGCGCUCGUCAAUGAUUCCAUGCGCUGCAUAGUCCGCUUCCCGGUGAUGUCGUCAUACGGCCGCAUGCUGGUGCACCGCUGCGCCGCGCUCUUCCAGCUGGCGCACCAUCCGGACCCCAUGAACAAGAACCAAGUGGUCGUGUCCAAGAGCGGCACCUGCGGCGGGCGGAUCCCGUGUACCAGUUUCCGACAGUGGUGCACCGUCGCAUUCCCGCCCAGCCCGCGACGCCACCAGACCGUCACCGACACCACCAAUGCCAAGUCAAUACUGAAGCGCGACACGCAUUCCCUGGACGAACCGGGCAACGGGUCAUUGGCAAACUCCCGAAGCAAAUCUCUAGAGCAACGGGAACGGGACUAUGAGCGGAUGAAGAGACGGAUAUUCAGCACGGACAACUGCUCUCAAGACGAGUCCCAGUGGCCCUGGUUGGGUGCCCCGGUGAAAGUACUCACUCCGGAAAUUAACAGGAACAAACUACUCAAAGUGCAAUCCCUGGAGAGUUCGGGUCUCCCGGCGCGCGGGGCCGGGUGCUCCCGGCGCGGCGUGGCCAAAAGCCACAGCUUCGGCGGCUACGCGCAGCCCGCGCCCGCGCCCAAGCCGCUUCGGCUGCUCAGCAGACAAGGGCUCUGGAACAAGUGCCACAGCUUCGGCGGCUACGCGCAGCCCGCGCCCGCGCCCAAGCCGCUCCGGCUGCUCAGCAGGCAAGGUGACCUAGCGUCCAGCAGUUGGCGGCUGUCGCCGUCCAGCUCGGGCUACAAGACGCUCAGCCUUCGCAGCACCGACUCCGUUACGCCGUCGCCUACAAGCGGAGCGAGUCCAGAGCCAUGUUUCGUGCCACCAGCGUGUCAGUUGGCACCGCGCUGCGUGCCCGGCGUCGUGUGGUGCGUCACCGACCUGUCCCGCGUGCCGCCCGGCGCCUGGCUGCUACACCCGCAGACGGGACGCCCCCUAUCGAACCCUGACGGAAGCGUGUACAGAUAUGACCCUAACAACCCGCCCGUACUGGACGAGACAUACCACCUUGAAGAUGACCAGAUCGACCAAAACGACAAAAAAAGAGGCAAGCUGGAGAAACAGGACUCUUUUAUAGAUCACGGAGAGUGCGACUGCCCACCGCCGGAAGAGACCCGCAACAAAUGUUGCUGCGAGUGCCGCCAAAACGACGCCUCUCAAAGGGACGCUGAUAAGCAUACGUCAGACGAAAAGCAAGAGCCCCGGAGCCCUUGCAAGAAUAACUACGAGUCAAACAACCAAGAUUCAGAACAAGAUAUACAAAAGUCAGCUGAGAACAAUUUUGAAUGUGACACACAAUAUUCGCCCCAGUUGGCGUACGAGAGCUAUGAAGGUUAUGAGCAGGCCGAAACGGUGGCCGAUCAGGGGGCACAAUAUGACACGCUGGCCGAUCAGAAUCAGGCUUACGAAGCGGUGGCCAAUCAGAGCGGGCAGCAGUUUGACUCAGCUAGUCCGAGAACGCAGCAAUUUGACCCGAACAAUCAGAAAACGCAGCAGUUUGACACAAACAGUCAGAGAACGCAGCAAUUUGACACAAACAAUCAGAAAACAAAGCAUUUUGACACAACUCGUCAGAGAACGCAGCAAUUUGACCCAGACAAUCAGAAAGCCCAACAGUUUGACACAGCCGGUCAGAGAACGCAGCAGCAAUUUGAUCCAAUUAAUCAGAUAGCUCACCAGUAUGACCCAACCAAUCAGAAAGUGCAUCAGUUUGAGCCUAACAAUCAGGCAGCUCACCAGUUAGAUCCGACCACUAAGAGAACGCAUCAGUUUGACCAAAACAAUCAGAGAUCGCAGCAAUUUGACCCAAAUAAUCAGAUAUCACAGCAGUUUGACACAAACAUUAACAGAACCCAGCCAUAUGAGCUGACCAGUCAGAGGACGUCUCAGUUUGAGCCGGCCAGUCAGAGAACGCCACAGUUUGAGCCAGCGAAUCAGUUGGCUCAGAGUGAAGAAGCGAAAGCCAAUCAAGACAGCCACGAGAUUCAGUAUAACCAGUACGCAGUCAGAACUGAUGAGGUAACAUCGCCGCCUGAAAGCCAACCGUGCCAGCCGACGGAGUUGGCUCUCCAGAGCAUGGCGCAAGCGAAAGCCACGCCCGUGUCUAUACCAGACCCACACUUAAGGCCGAUGUCAAUCAACAAUGUGGUUUACCCCACGAUGCAUCAGGGGUACCCAUACAUCAACCAAUGUCGCAUGGAGCCGACGAUGCCGGUGUAUCAGCAAGUGCUGGGUCCGCCGGAGGAUGCCAAGCAGAUGACGUCACCGCCCCACCAAGAGCCUACCUUCAGAAUCGAUCCCAGUUACCCGUACGCAGCGGUUGAUUACGCGGCGCAGUGCGGCGCGUGCGUCGAUCCCAACGCUAUGAGAAGCUACAACCUACCGUACGGGCAAAUGGAGAUUCCGCAAGCGGUAUUACCGCCUGCCUACCCUGUAGGCAACGUCAUCAUACCGCAGCCGCAUAUACAGUACCCGUACCAAGAGGCGGCGCAAUGGGCGGGCGGCCCGCUGGUUCCUCUGGGCGGGAAGCUGAUACUACCGGAGCCCUACCCUGCGCUCUACCACCAGCUCUACCAAUGCGGCCUCGUCUACCCUCCGGUGAUGCCGGCUCCCAGUCCGGUGUGGGCCCCGGAGCCCCGGCCCGCGCCGCCGCCGCGUCCGCACUGCAGUCGCGCCUCGCCGGCAAGACGAGAUUCAGACGAGAUAGCUGUGAAGAUCCAGCAGAUCAAGGAACAGAUGGCCGAGCUGAAUACGAGGGAAAAGGAACGAGGCACUUAUAACAAGGUCGAGAGCACAUACAAGGGGCCGCCCCGGGAAGAGUGGCGCAAACGGAACAACGGCAGCGGGAUAUUGGGCAACUACCCGCACGGCUUCCAGGGACGGACGCGCUUCGAGGGCAGGCCGCCUCACGACGACAGCCAGUUAACAUCGGCGGCGCGAGCCAUCGUCAACUCCAUACGCAACAUGCAGGCCAAGAACACCUACCACGACAACCGGCGGUCGGACUACAACAGCUACCGUCCGGAGCGUCCGGACUACCGGCGCCGCGAGCGGGAGCCGGACGCCGUCCGGGCGGAGCGUCCGGACGCGGACAAGGAGCCGCGGCGGUUCGAGCGAGCGCCGUUUCAGUACCGCGCGCCGUAUGCCUUCAGACAGAUGACGCCCGGUACUUGGUGCCGGCGGUCGCCCGGUCCGAUGCAUCCAGGUAUGCUGAACCAUCCCAGACGACCGCAUCCCGACACAAGGAACCCUCGCCGCUAAGCACAAGUAUCUACUAACAUAGUAUACGGGAAUGUGUGGCGGAGUUAUGUGUAUUACUUAUUACCAUACAGUUUAUAUACCUAGCGGAAUACAGCAACAAAGAACAGCCUUAUUCACGUAACAAAACUUCAACGACAACAAAACACUGAGUUGCGAUCCUAUCGAGUAAUCGUUCUAUCAAAAUGACCCUUGUGAGUACGGAUUUAGAACUGUUUUUCAAUGGGACGACUUCUGAACGUCAGCGAGAUCUUGACUGUCAAAAUACGUGAAUAAGGCCACUGAGCAAGCGAGAUG